UAUGACCUCACAGUGAGCUCAGAUUAGACCAGGGAUGACACACAAAAAGUUGGUAGUCUUCACUUGUGUUGCCAUCAGGCUGUCCCUAUAAAUAAACCCAGAGUAACCACAGAGUCUCAUCCCAAGCGGAUCAACAGGGAAUGGUUUCAUAAUGGAUUUAGGGUGAAGGAUGAUUGGCAGAAUAAGGCAGGCAAGCAGAGGGGUGGGCGAUCAAAUAAGAACAGAAUUUCAGAACGAAAGAUUAUAGGGCAGAGAUGCUGUAUGUGGUGAUAGAGGCAGAGAGGGCCUGGAUCAAGAAACUGCACAAAGAGAAUGAACUGAUAACACUGAAGUCUAGAAUUAUCUCAGAAGACAAAGGAGGCAGUGGGACUGAGCAAUCUGUCAUAGAUGUGCUUGGGCAAAGCUUCACCAAGGAGCCUGUCUCUUCCCUUGCCCAGUCCCUGGUACAAGAUUCAGAAUGGUUCAUGUUGAGUCCACAGGAGAAAUUGUCCUGGGCUAAAGUAUCUAAAGACCCUAGGAUUGCUGCAGGUCAACUGUCCCCACUGGAGAAAAAAAUCUUGGUUCCUAGAGGUGGGCACCAGCCAGCGGCUAGAAACAGGUGAAGCAGAAGGCAGACGACGCCUUCCAAGCCCCAAGCUGGCAUUACUGAACAGCGGCUGCUGAGCCGAGGGUGACCAGGUUCCUGAACUCUGUGGCCUAGGCUUGGAGAGAAUCAAAGAUGUUCUCAGCUGUGAAAGAGGAGAAUUUGGACAGCAGGACAAAAAAGGAAGACAGCCCCCUGGAGCAGAUACCUUUGCCACUGGAGGCCACAUCAAACCCUGGGGCCUUUUCAAAGUCUCCCCCUCUGCUCAGUCACUGGGAGGUAGAUAGCCCCAGGAAGGAGCCCAGUCAGCCUUGGGGGCCAGACCAGGAGUGGAUAAAGCUAGAAAGAGACAUCAGGGAAGAGGUGGUGUUUGACCUGCUGAAGCCAACUGAACCUGUACAGAAGCUGCUCCCUCAGGUGGAUGAGGAGGCCCUGCAGGAAGCCGUGAAGGGAGAAUGCUGGUGGAAGGCAUGGGUGAAGAAGCCAGUCACCUCUGAGGAUGUGGCAGUGAAUUUCAACCAGGAAGAGUGGGAAUGUCUAGAUGCCAGUCAGAGGGUCCUCUACCAGGACGUUAUGUCAGAGACCUUCAGAAACCUGAUGUCUGUGGACCUGAUCGCCAAGUUUGAACAAGAAGAGAAACAGUGGAGAGCAGGUCUCCGUCCCCCAAACGGAGAAGGCCUUCAUUCAGGAGACAAGAGAGAGGAACUUCAAGAACAGAGUCAGAGUUUGGGAGAUGAGGGAAAUAGCGAUGACAAGAAGGUCUCCCUUGCUUGCAGAAGAGCAGGCCCAUCCUCUGCUCCAGCUGGGUCCCUGGACAGGACACCAGUGUCCCCAGCAUCCUGGGCUGGGCCACCCUUUACCUGCCAUACCUGUGGCAGGUGCUUCAGCAAGCGCUCCAGCCUCUACAACCACCAGUUUGUUCACAGCUGCGGCCAGUGCGGGAAGUCCUUCCUGAACCCCAAGGACCUCAGCUACCACCGGCGCAAGCACCUUGGGGAGAGGCCCUUCUGCUGCUCGCUCUGUGACAAGACCUACUGUGAUGCUUCUGGACUGAGCCGUCACCGCCGUGUCCAUCUGGGUUACCGGCCCCACUCGUGUCCCUUCUGUGGGAAGUGCUUUCGGGACCAGUCUGAGCUCAAACGCCACCAGAAGAUACACCAAGGCCAGGAGCUGGGGGCUGGAAACCAGAAGCAUAUCCUGAAGAUUCCAGACAACACAGCUGGAUUCCAGGGGCUGGCAACUGCAAACAAUGCACCAGUGGCCGGGACCCAAGGACCCUCAUUUAAAACCACCGGUCCCGAGGCUCAGACCCAGCCAUCUAUAGACAGGAGCCCGGCACCUGCAACCAAGAACCAGGUAGUCACUGGGAAGGCUCAGCGCCCAGUCGUUACAACUGCAGAGCCUGUGACCAGGACCCAGGCAGCCAACACGAGAACCGCCUGCCUGGAUACCAAGUCCAGCUCUCACCCAGGAAAGCCUUCAAGACUCAAAGUCUUCUCUUGCCCUCAUUGUCCCUUGACUUUUAGCAAGAAAAGCUGUCUCUCCAGCCACCAGAAGGCCCACUUCACAGAGCAGUCCAACUGCUGCUUCCACUGUGGCAAGUCCUUCACUUUAUUCUCUGGGCUGGUCAGGCACCAGCAGACUCACUGGAAGCAGAAGCUCUACUGUUGCCCUAUCUGCGACGUCUGCUUUGGGGAGAAAGAGGACCUUUUGGGUCACUGGGGGGGCUACAGGGGCAAGGGGCUCUGCCUGGGCAGUCCCCAUAAAUGCUGGGCGAUCCUGGGUCAGUCGCUUGGCUUCUUUCCCGAUGCGCCCACUGUGGCAGGGGAGGAGACGGAUCUUUCUCCUGGAUCCAUACCCUCAGGAGAGGGAAGGAAGGGAGGGGAGAAGGCAGCAGAGGAAAGAAAGCAGAUAAGGCAGUGAAGAUCUGGGAAUGUAAAUAAAUGGCCUUUCCACCCAAGGUCUUUCUCUGUUUGGUUUUCCUGAGGGCUAACCUCCAGGGUAAGGAGACUGGGGUAGAGGAAGAGAGAGGUGAAGGAAUAAUGAAGAAAAUACAGAAAGGAAAAGGGACAAGAGGUGGCACAUGGAAACUUGUAGUAUUAUUAAUUAGCACCCAGCUUGUUUCUUUGUGUCUGACAGACCAUCAAGUAGUAGUUGUUGAAGACAACAGUGGACACUCCAAUAGAUAUGAAGAUGGGAGAAAAAAGAUGAGUGGGGGAGAGAGUGUGAGGGACCCAUCUGGGCCAGAUGUAGAAGGGAGGCAUUUUAAAGCAGGUGUGUGGCCCAGUUCUCACCCCUUGCUCCCCUGGCACCUCGGUAGGCUGCCUGGGGCAAGAUGGAGCUCUGGCCAGUGUUUUGCAGGUUUCUCCCCAUCUCCUGUUUUUGGUUAGGGCUCCCCAUGUCCUCACUCUGCAGGUCACUUGGCGCUGUCUUGGAUGUUUUGGACUUUUCCUGCUCCUUCCCAGCAGGGCUGAGAUCUUGGAAGAAACGACCACCAUUUGCGAAGUUGAUGUGCUAUAAUUUGCAGUGAGGAGGUUCCUGGUCUCCAGUUCAUGGCAGAGACCCUCUUGUCUGUGUUACUCUGCAGCACAGGUGCCCUCUGAUGAAGAGAAGAGCAGCUGCCUGGCUGUAACCAGAGAGGGCUUCCAGAUGGAAGAUAGACCAAGGAGUAGAAAUAUGUGGGCAGCAUAAAGGGGGAGAGGAAGGAAGGAGCUGGGGAAAGGGAGAGACAAAGUAGAUGACAGAAGAGAAGUUGAUCCUAUUUGGAAUUCAGAGCGUUCCUGCAAGUGCAGAUUGGAAUGUCCCCACAGCAAAGAGGCCAGUGAGUGCAACUUGAUGGAUGUGACAUCCCCGAGGACCAGUCUUUGGGCCAACCAGGCUCUUCUCCACCCUGCCAAGAUGCGACAUCAUUCAGAAGGGGUUUCCUAGAAGGAGGAGAAAAUGACUUGAAAAAGCUGUCAACAGUUUCUGUCAUGAAACUGUCACACCAGGGAGAAGAAAGCCCUGUGGAGUCAUCUGGCCUUGGAGGGGAGGCCCAGGGCAGCUGCUGUAGGGAACAAUUGAGAAAGGAGGCCAGCUGGAGUGGGAUUCUUGCUUUGGAGCACGAAGGUGGAGGAGGAAUCCUCCCUCCAGCCAGGCUCACCAGCCCUUCCUUUCCUUUGGGAUUUUGAUCCCUCAAUAGCCCCCUCUUCCCCUUGCUGCUGCUUUCCUUGUUUUUUUUUUUUUUUUUUUUGCUCUCAGCUUAUAAGAAAGAGAAGAAAACUUACUUAGUUCUUCAAGAAAUUGCCCUGAAAACAAAGAGAAAUAGGUGAUGAGUGGAAGAUGACUAACUCCUCCCACAUCCUCCCUGUGGAAUUCAUAGUCACCCCCCCCCUCCCUUUCCACUAAGGGACCCCACAGAUCUCAGUAAGUGGCUCUCUUUAUGGAUUCUCUGAGGAGCCUGGAGUUGGCCAUGUGGAUAGAGCAGGAAGGAAAUUCCAGCUCUGAAUCUUGAGCCCUGGUUCCAUCCACCCUCUUUAUGUUUCCCACUCAGGGCUGGCUUGAUCCCCUGCUGCCCAGUGGUCCUGUUUGCUGCCCCAGCACUGCACCUGCUAGUCGUCCGUGUAGCCAGUUGUAGCAGAUGAUCAAGGCCACCAGGGGUCCGAGAAAUGGCACGAUUACAAACAGGGUUAUCUUCCAGCAGGGCACCCUCAGGAAGUGGGGAUCUGAAUCGUUUGCCACAGAACAAACAGGAUUAACAUGUGUUCCCCCUUGUGUCCCACCCACCCCUCUCCAUUUAUUAUUGGGUUUAUUUUGGGUGGUGGAGGGGGGAGGUUCUUAACCUGGGUUCCAAAAUAGUUUGUGGAUAGAGUCCAGGGAGUUCAUGAAUUUGGAUGAGAAAAGCAUUCCAUUUUUAUUUUCACUAACUUCAAACUGAAUUUAGCAUUUUCUUACACUAAAAAUGUAGCUAACAAACCAGUUAUCGGCAGUACCUGUGACUUUAUCACCAAUGGAAACCACAUGCCCUUCAGAGUUGUUGCAGAAAUCUCAGAAUACUGUUUAUCAAUAUUUUGAAAUUACCAAAUUAUUAGACCUGCUGCUACAUUUUAUUAUUUAAUGUAUAUUUUGUAUUUAGUGUAUAUUAUUUAAUGUACAUUUGUUACUUUAUCACAAAUUGGUUUAUAUUUCGAAAACUAUUUCAAAACAAUGGUUUUCUUUGUAA